AUGGAUCCGUAUUAUUAUCUCCAGCACCCGAUUCUUCAACAACAAUACUACUACUACGCAUACGCUGUUCCUACUCAUUACACCAUCUUCUACCCUCAACCCGUGCAGUACGUUGAUGAUGUAGCCAUUCUCAACACCAUGUGGGUCAAUCAAGAACAACCGUAUUUCCAAAAUCAGAACUACGUGCCGUAUCAAACACCAGAGGAGACGUCGUUCUUGAACACAUAUGACUCUUUGACGUUAGACGAGACUUUGAUCAUGCAAGAGAUAGAGGAAGAGAUUUCUACGCUACAAGGAGUGCUCGCUGCAGGUACCAGUGAUUCGGGGGGUUUAUUAGAGGAAGAGAUUUCCGAGCAUCUGCAAGUCUACACGGCACAUGGAAGGAUGAGUGAAGUGGAUGCUUGCUGUAUUUGUUUGGGUGACCAUGAAAAGAAAGAGAAGAUGGGGAGGCUCGAAUGUGGGCAUGAGUUUCAUGCGGAAUGCAUCAGGCGUUGGUUGUUGUCUAAGAAUAUUUGCCCCAUGUGCAGGUCUACUGCUUUAACAAUAUAA